AUGUCUACAAUUAGAUGGGUAGAUUUAUUGUCAAGCGAAUCAAACUUUUCACAUUCCAUAGCUAAUAAUGAUGAUAUCAAUGAUCAAUUAAAAAAAAAAAAAAUAAAUAAUAAAAAAAAUGAUUUAAAUAAUAGUUUCUUAAAUUCUUAUAAUGGUGAUUUAGAUAAUAGUAAUGUAGGAAUAAAUUUAAAAAUAAAAAAUAUGUGUAUAACAGAUAACAAGGAAAAAAAAGGAGAAUUUGCUGAUACCCAAACAAAUAAAAACGAUAAUGUAAAUAAAAUAAUUAGUAAUAAUGAAAAAAAAAAUAUAGAAAAAGAACCAAAGGAUAACAAAGAAAUUAACGGUAAUCAAUUAUUACAUAAAGAUGACAAUGCGAAUGAUUAUGAGUUGGACAAUAAAAUAAAAUGUAAAAUGAAUGAUGAAAAAAAUGAGGAAAGAGUGACUAAUAACAAUAAUUCUAAUAAAAUACAUAAAGAAAAAAUUGAACAAAUAAAUGAAAAAAAUGAAAAUAAAGACCUUAAUGUUUAUAAUAAUAAAGAUCCAAAUAUUGUUUCUAAAGAUAAAAAUAAUAAUAAUUCCAAUUAUGUUUCUAAAAUGAAUAAAAAAAAGAAUUCUUCUAAUUCAUCUGAUUCUAAAGUAAACAAAAAUAAGAAAAUUAUAAACGUUCCCUUAGAUCAAAAAACAGUAAAAAAUUCUUUCUUUUCUAAGUAUAUCAUAGAAAAAAAAGGAAAGAAAAAUGGAGAUAACAAUCUAGAUGAAUCAAAUUCAGUUGCUACUCCUAAAAACGUAAAUAAAAAUAAAAUAAUUGAAGAAAAUGAGAACAACAGUUUAAUUAAUAAUGUAGAGAGUCAAAAUGCAGAUACUAUUUCUAAAUGUAAAAAAAGAAAAGAUAGGAAUUUAAAUAUUGACAAUAGCAUUUCUAAAUUUGAUUAUACUCAAUCUCAUGAAGUAACAGUUGAUGAAAAUAAUAUUCCAUUAAAUCCAACAAAAAAGGUGAAAAAUAGAUUAAAGGAAAAUGUAAAUGACAAUAAAAAAAGUAGAAACGAUGAUGAUAUUAUUUCUAGUGACUUCAGUAAAAAUAAUGAAAUGAAAACAAAUUUAAAAGGAUUAGAUCUCAAUAAAAAAAUAUCUGAAGAAGAAAAGAAUAAUAAUAAUAAUUUUAAAAAAAUAGAUAAAAAUAACAGUAUCAUGGAUCCCUUUAAUAAUAUGAUUAAUAAAAACAUAAAUUUAGAAAAAUUUAAUAAUUUCAAUAAUAAUUUUAUUAGUUACAUAGGAGAUAUAAGAAAUAAUUUUAAUGAAUCAUUAAAUAAUGUAAAUAGUAAUCGAGUAAGUAGUCGCUUAAAAGAAAUAGCCGUUGGAAAAUCAACAAAAGAAUAUAAAAAUUAUGUUAAGCUUGUAAGAUAUGAUGAAAGAAUGGAAGAUGAUCCAAGUACACCUAAUGCAUAUGAAAAUAUAACCAAUGCAAAAUUUCAAGCAAAAUACAAUUUAUGGAGAAAAAAAUUGCAUAAAUUUGAUACAAUAAAUUAA